AUGAAGACAUUUAUUCUGUGCCUGAUCCUCGUAAUCUCAGCCACAGAUGCUUUCCUCUUCAACCUCCUAGGUGGUGGUGGAGGUGGUGGUUGUGGAUGCGCACCUCCUCCACCACCUCCGCCUUGCCCUUGUCCUCCUCCUCCUCCUGCACCAUGUGGAGGCGGUUGUGCUGCACCUCCUCCUGUAUAUGCGCCUCCUCCGCCCCAAUACGCUCCUCCAUCGAACAGCUACGUUGGAAAAUAG